AUGGCACGAUUACUAGGCGAUCUUGUUGCUUAUCGAGCUACGGGAACUGGCCAUAUGGAACUCUUGGCAGAAAUGGCUACCACGACGCAUAUCACAUUAAUAAUACACCACAGAGGUAGACUUGAAAGGGGAUCGGAUGGCAAGUUGUGUUAUGCAGAAGGUGAAAUUACUGAGGCGGAGAGACCUGGAAUAGAAAUUGAGGGUGGUUUGAGGCUUCUGCGACUUGAUAUGGAUGUCGUUAAGAUGUAUGAAGCUGAUGUGGAGAAUGGACAUAAGAUUGAAUUAUACACAGAGCACCCAAUUAGCCAAGAAGAUGUUGUAGAUACGAAUGAAGAAGCUGGUGUAGAAGCACCUGAUCAGGUUAAUGUAACUCCAUCAAGGAGGAGGAGAAAAGUUUGUGUCAGGAGGACUCCAACUCCAAAGAAGGCAACAGGUCCUAGAAGAAUUCUUCACCUGGAAGGGGUACAUACUGAAGCCCAAAUUACAGAGGAGACCCAUGGUGCAGAAAAGGCCCAACCAGAUGCCAGCCCAAAUCCAUCAGUUCCAGCUGCACCAAACACAGUUAAUGUAUCUGAAGAAUUUGCUACACCAAACACAGUUCCAGCACCAUCUAUUCCGCUUGACAACAAUGCCCAGCCAAAGUCACCAACAUACACAGAGCCACCCUCUACCUCUGAUGAUCCACAAGACGAAUUUCUCACCCAAUAUGUUCCUUUACCGCAGAAUCAACCCUCCUCCCAAGCCAUGCCUGAACCAAAUCCAACCCCCCCCACCCAACACCCCUUCUACCAAUCCAUCUGCCACAAUCCGAAUAAACCUCCAUCAGUAUUUAUUCCGGUGGAUGGGGGAGAAUAUUCAGAUGAUGAACCUGGUGUUCAUUGCUAUGAGUCAGAGGGCCUCCACAGCAUUGGAAGUGAUGAGGAUGACCAGGGAAGGUCAUUUCCACAGGGCAAUGCCGAUGCACCUGUUAAUGAGAAGUAUUUUUUCCCAAGGAUUGAUUCAACAAGAUGUAAAGCUAUCUUCUAUGAUGAAAACUGCCCGUGGCAAAUUUACUGUGCCAAGAGGUCAUGUCCGGUGAGUUAUCAAGUCAAAACCUUUGUCAAUGAGCAUACUUGCCCACGGAACUUGCAUUGUAAAUCUGCCAAUGGAAAAUGGGUAAUUGAUAAGUUGGAAGAGAAAAUAAGGAAUCAACCUGAUAUGACAGUCAAGGAUGCUGAGAACUACUUCAGAACUGAGUUUGAUGUGCUUGUAAACGAAAGAAAAAUUUAUAGGUCAAUGGCAACAGCAAGAGAAAGGAUUGAGGGUUCCGACGUUGCACAAUAUCUUAGGCUUCGUGACUACUCCAAUGAGAUACUGAAAACAAAUCCAGGUAGUACAGUAAGGAUACAUACAUCUCCUAUGCCUGGGUUGGAGAGUUUCUUAUUUAAGAGAAUUUAUGUUUGUCUGAAUGCAUGCAAGAGAGGAUUCGUUGAGGGAUGUCGACCUUUUAUAGGACUAGAUGGCACAUUUCUAAGAGGAUACUAUGGAGGCCAGUUACUUACUGCUAUUGGAGCUGAUGCAAAUAAUCAUAUCUUCCCAAUAGCAUAUGCAAUUGUUGAGUCAGAAAACAAGGACAGUUGGAAAUGGUUCUUGGACCUCCUACAGGAUGAUGUCGGUGACCAUGCAGCAAAUGGCUUUAACCUGAUGUCGGACAUGCAAAAGGGGCUAAUUCCAGCAGUGAAGGAUAUCAUGCCAGGUGCACAUCACAGAUUCUGUGCCAUGCAUAUCUAUCAGAAUUUUAGAAAACAAUGGCCAGAGUUAGAAAUGAAGGCUGCAAUGUGGGCAUGCUCAAAGGCUACUACACUACAAGAGUUUGAACUUGCAAUAGGGAGGGUCAAGAGAAUAAACCAGCACGCUUGGGAGUAUCUUAACAAAAUUCUCCCGCAACAGUGGUCAAGAUCUCACUUCAGUGAGUACCCUAAGGUUGACUUCUAUACAAAUAACAAUUGCGAGACCUUCAACGGCAAAAUUAAAAGGAUCCGAGGAAAGCCGAUUAUUACCAUGUUAGAGGAAGUGAGAGGUUAUGUAAUGAGGAUUUUGGCAAGAAACAAGAAGGCACUUGUCGGAUAUCAUGGUAGAAUAACCCCUGUGCAACAAAGCCGUUUGGAAAGGGAGAAAAAAGAGAGCAACUAUUGGAGGCCCUUCCCAUCCGGUGAUGAAGAUGGGAAUGUCUAUGAGGUUCAAAGGCUACCUGUGAAGGUGAGUGUAGACUUGGGGAGAAGGACCUGUUCAUGCAGGUUAUGGCAGCUUACUGGACUUCCAUGUAGGCAUGUCUGUGCUGCCAUUGCAUACCAAAAUCGCAGGGCCGAGGACUUUGCUCACAACUGGCUUACUAUGGGAGCAUACAACCUAGCAUAUCAGUGGACAGUUCAACCUGUCCCAAGCCAGGAGUACUGGGAGAAGGGAAACCACUAUCCAUUGUUGCCUCCAGUGUAUAGGAAGCCUAUUGGGAGACCUACUAAAAAGAGAGACGCUCGUAGAGAUGGUCCUAGAGAGAAUCCUGAUCCCCAUAGAGCAAAGAGGAGAUAUGGCCCCAUUAAAUGUACAUAUUGUCUGAAGACUGGUCAUAACAGCAGAGGAUGUGACAAGAAGAAAGAAGCUAUGGCUAGUGGAGGAGCUGCAUCAGGUAGUGGUCGUCGGCAUCAGGGUGCAGCAGUGAGAUCUGAAGGUAUGGGUGUUGAUGAUCUUGAUGAGGAUGCUGCCAAAGAGCAAGAGAUGUAUUGGAAAGAGACUUUGGAGGCAGCAGAUGCUGAAGCAUCAGCUUCAGAUUCACCCAGUGUGAAUGUUGAUGAUCUGAACUGUGUGAAUCCUUCUGAAGAACCUAUGGCAGUAAGACCUCCACCUUCUAAUUCCUCUACUGCAUAUGUGCCACCUAGACCUAUCAUAAAGCCAACCAUGUCCAAGAGACCAAUUAAGAGGAGAAAUAUUAAGAGGCCACCACCGUCACAACCUUCUCCCCUCAGACCUGUCCCACCACAACCUACUCCUAUAACGCCUACCACACCACAACCUUCUGUUGUUAGGCCUACAUCACCAACUAACCAACCGCCUCCAAGAGUUACCAGACAAACAAUGCAUGGUGCAAGCCGAGGUACCACUACACGAUUUAUGCAAUUCACGCCAACUCCACCAUCCACAAUUCAAACACCAGGCAGAUGGCCAGUACCUGGGUUCCGUCCACCAACAGGAGCAUCUUCAAGUGGCAACAACAACGGGUUUCUAGUGGCAGCAGCAACUCCACACCCAACAAAUAUGAUUUUUUGUGUGAAUUUGUUUUUUGAUGAAGUACUUACUGUAAUGAGAGCUCUAUGA